CUCGUCGCGACGGUGCAAGCACGCUCUCUGACAACAUGCACCACGAGCGACCAGCCACAACGGAGGUGCGUGUUUGCACCGGCUCGGAUGCGGUGAAGCGAGUGUGGUAUGUUGCGAUCAGACGCGGCGCCUGUAGACAUGCCAUUACGAACACCGACACGGCCGCGACCGCUGACGCAACAACACAUAUUUCAAUUCACCGCAGCAUGCUCAUGGAACGAACCAAGCGGCUCAUCUCGAUCGAGGAGCUCGAAGACAGCGAGAGCUCCGGCAUCUUUGCGGCCCCGAACGGUUCUCGGUCGCAGACGUCGAUCCUCGUCAAGAGCAGUUGGCCGUACCCGUGGAAGCAACCGCCCGCCAUCGCCGACGAACGCGACCGCCUUGCUGCACUGCGCCAGUUUGACGUGCUCGACACGCCGCCCGAGCGCGUCUUUGAGGUCAUUUGCGAGCUCGCAACGAGCGUGCUCCAGUGCCCAAUCGCAGGCGUGACCUUUCUCGAUACCGACCGCCAGUGGUUCAAGGCUCGCCGCGGCUGGAUCGAAGCUGAGAUCCAUCGCGACAUUGCCUUUUGCGCCCACACUGUGGCGUGCGCCGAGCCCAUGGUUGUGCUGGACGCGAGCCGCGACACCAAGUUCGCGCUCAACCCGCUCGUGCUCGGACCCACCGGCGUCCGUUUCUACGCCGGUGCGCCAAUCACGACGGCGGCCGGACACGCAAUUGGGACGGUGUGCGUCUAUGACACGCGUCCGCACGACUCUGUCGACAUGGCGACCCUCGAAAAGCUCGCGAGCGUUGCACUCCUCCACCUCGAAGACCGCUUGCGGGCGCCGGUGGCGACCGAAGUUCAAGACGACACGUUGAGCGCAUUUGAAGGACCCGUGCUCUCGAUGCAUGAGCUCUUGCGCAUGCGCGACUGCGUCCCGAAAGCUCAGUGCAGUCGCUGCACUCGCUGCCACCGCGCGUUUACCCUCUUCCGCCACAAAAAGCAUUGCCGUGCGUGCGGUGAAGUCUUUUGCAGCUUUUGCGCGCUGCCGACGCGCGCCCAGCAGCGCCGGGGGCCGCGCGUCUUCAAGAUCCACGUGUGUCUUACGUGCAUCAACAUUGGCACGGUCCUGGGUCAUUUCCGACUCUGCCGCAGCGUGCGCAACUCGCUCCAUGGAAGCAACGACGGCGCGGACGAGGCUUUGACACCGAAAGAACUCGAGCAAAUCCAGCGUCUCGAAGACAAAGACACGCUGUCGCCGACCCGGCUCAUGCCGACGAGCGAGUGCAUUCCGUUUGACGAGCGCGGGUGCUGCCACGUGUGUAGCCGCCACUUUAACCUGUUUCGACCCAAACACUCGUGCCGUGUGUGUGGGGACGUGGUCUGCAGUCACUGCUCCAAGAAAAAGCUCGCGAUCGUCGAUGGCACCAACGAAACUGAGAUGGAGCCCGUGACUGUGUGCGUCGAGUGCAACGUGACGUUGACCAACACGGCGCUUCGUGACGACACGAUGCCGCUGGCGUUGGCAUCGGACUUUGAGGCGUUCAACAACAGUCGCCGUGAACGCAACUCGAUGAAGAACGCGCUGGACACGGUGAAGACCCUUCUCGUCUCAGCCGACGAGCGCACACUGUCGGCGGGCCGGUCGUCGCUCGCAGACAAGCCGACCGAGUUGACUCCUGCUGGGGCGUAGUCAACUAGUUCAUUGCAUGCGACUAACUUAUGCGGAAUGUAACCGACUUUGAUGUGAUUGGCU